AUGUUUCAAACAUCGUCAAGCACAUCCAUAAAUCGGCCGUUGAAAAACAUUGAUGAUCAUCAAUUGGAGAAUGAAGGAAAAACCAAUCAAAAUAUUGAAUACUCAACAAUAACAACUGGGAAUGGUUUCAAAGAAUUCCGAGACAAGGAUGAGGAGGAUGAGACUUUUUUCAUGGGUAGCAAUGAAGUGUGGGUGGAAGAGGAAGAAGAAGAUGAAGAAAAUUCUCUUGGAGAAGAAGAUCACCCUCUUACAUUGGAUCCAGGAAAUUCCGAAAUGACAAUGUCGUCAUCACCUUCAAUAUUAACAAAGAUGCCCGUUCCUCGCGAACGCAUUCAUCAACAGCAAGCACAACACCAGAACGAUACAGACUCUCAGGAUGACCGUCAUCAUCAAGAUGAAUUUGACGAGGAUGGAAAUGCUGACGAUGAUGAGGAUGAAGUAGAGGAAAUUGUUAGGAGGAUGAAUGAAAAAUUGAAUGCAAGCUUAAAUUCAUCUAAUGUUUUUAGCGAUUGUAUGCAAGCCAUGGAGUUGUGUAAAGAAAUAAUAUUCAUGCCCAUUCCGUCUCUUGAAGAGGAAAAUGUUGCAACAACAUCUGAAAAUAUGGAAUCUUCUCAGCAACAAGAUGGUACUUUGUCGUCACACCUCGGCGAACAAGCACCAGGAGGCGCUGUAGCAUCCUUAUUUAAUUUAUUCAGCGAGGCUUCUAUGAACAGUGGUAGUGGUGACGUCCAUUCAUCAUACAUGCAACAGCCGUUAUACGAUGAUUCACAAGAAGGAUUUCGGCUUGAAGAUAUUGAGGCAGAACUUUUGAGAGCUGCUGAAAAAGGUCAAAAUACUUCUACACUGUAUCUACAAAAAAUCAACGAAUUGACCAUUAUAAGGAAUAAUAUGAGAAGAGUUUUAGACACCUCCAUCAAAAAGUUGCGCGAUGAAUCGUCGAGCAGAAAUGAUAAUUUGGAAAAAUCAUCAUGCAGCGAGCAAUCUCACACAACACGUACAGAAGUUUCAAAUGGACGAAAUGUUUCUCUCUUUCCAGAUUCAAUGCUUCAAGAGUUGCAACUUGGUAAUGUGUCGUUGAGUAGAUCCCGAAUUUUAACCUUUGAUGAAUCCAUUGAAAUUGUCUCGUUCAUUGGUGGAGUAAUUAGGAUGCAUAGUGGAGUUUUUCCAAAUCGAUUCCUUGACAAUACAAGAUCUUUGGGCACCUAUCUAGUUGGAAUUUUACAUUACUAUGCUCAAUCGAUCAAUAGGACUAACUUUGAAGUUUUAAUAUUUGAGCCCAACCCAGAGCAUUUCGAAUGGACCAAACACAACGUCAACACCUUCACCAAGCAUUUACUUAAACGAAACAUUUUCGCAACAAGCUCUUUUAAAUCAACAGUAGAAAAUGUGGACUUUUUUGCUUGGUUAUUUGACACAAAGAAUGAUGUUCGCUCCUCCGUUGUGAUGCUCGACUUGACACCCUCCUGCAAAGAAUUUGACCCAUCUGUGGUUCUUAAAGAUUUGAGGAUUGAAACUGAAACCAUCUCAAGAAACGCCAAUGAAAUGAUUGAACACAUGCUCUAUUUUGGAGUGUGUUGUGUCGUCCUCAAAGUGCCUUGCAAUUACUCUGAAAAACAACUCUCAACACACAACAAACUUUGGAGAAUUUAUGUGAAAAUAUUUGGAAAUAGCAAGUACAUGAUCAUUUUCAACUACAAACCAAUUCUCAUGACUGGACUAAGUAAGCAUCACGGAGGUAAAUCUGAUGGAAAUGCUGCUAGAGUCUCCUCGAAAAGACAACAACGAUAA